AUGUUGGCCCCGACGCUGAAGUUGAAAUUCCGGCAAGCUUUGCUGUUAUCUCACCCCGAUAAACACCAGGGGGCUUCUCCCUCUCGACAGCAGCAAGACAGGCGGCCCCACAGCAGCAGCAGCAGCAGCAACAGCAGCAACAGCAGCUGCUGCAACAACGAUUGCAGGAGAUCCGGGCUUUUAAGUAAAAAGCUGCAGCAGCAGCAAAGCCGCAGCAGCAGCACAUCUGCAGCAGCUGCAGAACCCCCCUGGCUCAGCAGCAGCAGCGUCAGCAACAGCUGCAGCAGCAGCAGCAUCGCCAUUACCACAUCAUCAUCAUCAUCGGCAGCAGGAGCAGCAUCGCCAUUACCACAUCAUCAUCAUCAGCAGCAGCAGCAGCAUCGCCAUUAUCAUAAUCAACAUCACCAACAGCAGCAGCAGCAGCAGCAGCAGCAGCAGCGUCGGCAUCACCAGCAGCAGCAGCAGCAGCAGCAUCGCAGCAGCAGCAGCGUCUGCAUCCCCAGCAGCAGCAGCAGCAGCAGCGGCAGCACCCCCACGCCCACCCCCACGCCCAGUCCCAGCAGCAGCAGCAGCAGCAGCAGCAGGAUGCAGCGGGCGUGCGAGAUGGUGGUGUCUUUGCUGCGGCCGCAGCAGCAGCAGCAGCAAGCGCCCUACCAUGUGCUGAAUGUCCAGAUUUUGGCGCUGCUGCAGCGCGAAGGACUCAUAAGGGGUUUUGCUGUCAACGGCAGCAAAAUCAACAUUCUCCUCAAACACUACCAGGGCGCCCCUGUGAUUCGGAACAUCCGCGUGGUGUCGAAGCCCUCGCGGGCUAUUUGGCUGACAGCAGCAGAAUUAAAAGAAAAGACAAAAUUCAAUUCGGGGCUUUGGCUGCUGCAGACUUGCUGCGGUGUACAGACACACCAGGAGUGCAUGCGUUUGGGAAUCGGAGGCAAAGUCCUCAUGGCCGUCAACAACGGCUUCCAGCACUUCUCGUAA